CCCGUGGUGGUGCUGCAGGGCGGAUGUUUGUGGUGGGCUGCAGCCUGGGACCCCUGAUGCACUACUGGUACCUCUGGCUGGACUCGGCGUUCCCGGCGCGGGGCGUGCGCAGCCUCAGGACGGUGCUGAAGAAGGUGCUCAUCGACCAGCUGGUGGCCUCGCCCAGCAUGGGAGCCUGGUACUUCAUGGCCAUCGGCACGCUGGAGGGCCAAUCUCUCCAGGAGAGCUGGGACGAGCUGAAGGAGAAAUUUUGGGAAUUCUACAAGGCCGACUGGAGCCUGUGGCCGGCGGCGCAGAUCCUCAACUUCCUCUUCGUGCCGCCCGCCUACCGCGUGGUGUACGUCAACGUGGUGACCCUGGGCUGGGACACCUACCUGUCCUACCUCAAACACAGGCCCCGCAGCUCCGGGCAGGAGCCACCACGGCAGAGCCAGAGCAGCGCCGGCGCCUAGAGAGGGAGCAGCCCCUCCAGAGCAGCCUGGAGAUGCAUUUCUGGGCAUUGUGGAGCCCCCCAAGCUGAAUGAGGGGAUGGCCAGAGCCAGCCCCGCCACCUGCUGAUUAACUCAUCUGCUAAUUACAGCCACGGGUUGGGGUUGUAACAAUCUCUUGUUGCAGGAGAAGCUGUAAAGUGAUUUCUUCCGGGAUUUGCCCGCAGAGCAAACCAGUGCCCUUGCUGCUCCUCCAGCACCUUCCAGCCACCUGGAUCCCCACUAAAUGGAUUUUGGGAAGGAAUUCUUCCCUGUGAGGGUGGUGAGGCCCUGGAAUGGAAUUCCCAGAGCAGCUGUGGCUGCCUCUGGAUCCCUUGGAAGUGCCCAGGGCCGGGUUGGAGCAGCCUGGGAUGGUGGGAGGUGGCAGGGGUGGGAAGGGAUGGGAUUUAAGCUCACUCCGACCCAAACCCACUCUCUGAUUCACUCUGGCUGCUCCUCUGCUCUCCCUGCAGCUCCUCACUCCUUCCCCUCCUGCUUUUUCUCUUCCAGCUCAAGGAUAAAAUCCCUGCACUCCCCCCAGCUCCUGUUUCCCCCCCGGCUCGGGCGGGGGCUGCAGCCACCUGGAUCCUCUAUAAAUAGGGAUGUGAUUGCGGCGCUCAGGAGGAGGCAGGGGAGGGUUGGAGCCAAAUUUUGGCAGAGUUUGGGCCAUCACAUCCCUCUGCUCCCAGCCCUGGGCAAGCUGGAUGCUCCCUGCAUAACCCAAGAACUGAAUUAUUUCCAGUGUCAAUGAAAAUUGCCCGAAUGGGGUUUUGUUUGUUUAUUUUAACUUGAUUUUUAAAGCUGUGCCUUAAAUGCUCUGCCCUGGUCCCUGCUGUCACACACCCAGGGGGGAUUCAGCUCCUCCCUCAGCAGCAGCAGGAGCCAUUUGGGGGAUGAUAAUUUUAAAAAAAUCCAAUUAAUUUUGCUCCUCUCUUGGCAACUCAGGGACCCCGAGGAACUUCUGAUCAGCAAUUGGUUUAUUUCUUCACAACAUUUCUUUUAAUACAGUGAUUUUUAGGAAA